ACGAUUUUUUGAAUCAUUUGUAAUGGAAACUUUCCAGAUGGUAAGAUCAUGAAGCAGCUGUGCCUUGUUCUAAAUUUUAUGCUGCUCACAGAAUUGGUGGGACAGGUCUAUGGGGUGACGAAAAUUUCAUUUCUUGGCAGUCGAGUUCGCUACAAUCCCAAGUACUUUUCCAAUUUAACAGUCUUCACCGAAAACUCUACAAUCAACGCGGACUUCAAGUUAUUAAAACUCCUACGUCAGGGAAUCAAAGCCAAUGCUGAGGUACAAUUACGUUUGAAAAAUUCAAAAACGCAUCAGAAAUUAUUUUCUUCCGUCUUGAAUGUUUGCGAAUUGAUUGUCUCUCUGAGGUCUACAAUUUUCAAAAAAUGGUUUGAAUCUUUGUUAAAAUUCAGCAAUUUUAUGCCAAACUGUCCCAUUUCCGCGGGUCAUUAUUACGUGCAUGGCUGGGAGCCUGAUGCCACACUUAUACCAUCAUAUCUAUUUGCUGGAGAUUAUCGCAUCAAGGGCUAUUGUUUUUUUGGCAAUUAUAAAAAAAAGAAUAUGGAAUUUAUCGUUGAGAUUGAAGUCGAUGCUGUAAUAUCUUAAAUGGAUUUGAUUUCAAGAAAUAAAAUAUCCACCAAUUUGCAAAUGAAAA